AUGGUGAAGUGGUAUCCCGUGCUGUCGGAGAAGGAUUCGGACCCAGGGAAGGCGCACGCCGUGCAGCUGCUGGGGAAGGACCUGGUAGUGUGGAGGAACACCGAAGGGCGCUGGUCGGCGUUCGACGACCGCUGCCCGCACAGGGCGGCACCACUGUCGGAGGGCAGGGUGGAGAAGGACGGCAGCCUCUUGUGCGCGUACCACGCCUGGCGCUUCGACGCGGACGGGAAAUGCCUGAGCAUUCCGCAGAGCGACAGGGACGGGAAGGACGAGACGAACCCCAGGGCAUGCGCAAAGCUGUACCCGACCCAGGUAGCGCAAGACAUGGUGUGGGUGUGGGGUGAGAACGGGUCAGAUGCGGUGCUGGAGAGUCUCUUGACCAAGCCGGCCCUCGUGUCAGCCCUGGAAGACAAAGAGGGUAUCAAAAGCGGCAGGGUUGUGCCUGGCGUGGUGACCCAAAGAGACCUGGCCUACAGUUGGGAAACCUUCUGGGAAAAUGUCAUGGAUCCCGCUCACGUCGUGGUGUCCCAUCAUGGCUUGAUGGGAAAACGUAGCAUGGCCAAGCCACUCGACCUCGAAGCAACCCCUCAGCCGGCCAUGACGAAAGAGGGUUUCGUGGUGGACAACAACUCACCCCAGUUCGGCGCGAAGCAAGGUGUGGCCACCUUCGUCCCGCCUGCGCUGGUGGAGAUUGCGACGGAGCUAGAGGACGGGAAGACCAUCAGCCUGGUGCAGUACAACAUUCCCACGAGACCGGGCUGGAGUCGCAUGUUUAACAGACAGUUGACGAUUACACCCGAGGUCGUCGGCGAGAAUAAGGGAGACGACGAAAAGGACAAGAAGAAGGGAGCACCCUCGCUACUUCAACUCGUCGCCCGCAUCAGCCCCGUGAAGCUCAAACUGGCGCCCAACGAGCAGCGGGCUUGGAUCCAGCACAUAUUCAGCCACAUGUUCGUGCACCAGGAUAUGCCCCUUCUCUACCACCAGGAGAAGAUCAUGGCCAGUUCGGGACACACCGGGGCUAAGUGGAGCGACGGGAUCUACACGCCCACAACCUCUGACAAAGGGAUUCACACCCUGAGGAAGUGGAUCAAGAAGUUCGGGUCUGGAGGGCCUCCCUGGCCAAAGGGGUACGACACGUCCCUGCCUUCUCGUCACGACAAUCCCGACGUCAUGUGGGACAUCUACGAGCAACACACCAAGCACUGCACCACGUGCUUGGGAGCGCUGAAGCGGGUCGAACAGUGCAUCGCUGCUGCGAAGGUGUCAACCGUGGCUUCACUGACCUGGGCGGUGCUAAGGGCGGCUUCUGCCAUAAGUACCAGCAUACUGGCGUCACCUGGCACCCCUCCUUCGAACUUCGUCGCUGCCAAGGCCAUGCUUCCGGGGGUGCUGUUGAUGCUUGCGAGCUUGAAGGCCACAAAGAUGCUGGGGUCUCUCCGCCAGAUGUUCUACGUCUACAAGUAUGUUCACCAAGAACAUGACUGAUGAAGGCUUUCACUAGCACCAACGUCACGAGUAUGAACCAAUGAGGACACGUGAGGGGGGAGAGGGCAAUGAACGAUAAAAUAUGAAGCGUGAUGACAAAACGAACUUCAGAAUUAACCCCCCCCGCGCCGUUACCACAAUUGUCGUUACGUAAAUGCACCCCAUGUUGUAUAUAGUCACAGGUGUGCCUUGUAAAGAAGCAGUAUACUGUAUAUAUGUGUGCACUCGCACGGGAUGGGGGAUACAAUGAGCAAUGUGCAUGCCAGGCUGCGCGCACGACUUACCAGUCGGUUUAGACGCUCCUGGAAAACGGACGACAGGGUCUACUGUCCACUGAGUGGGGUAUGCAAGAUGCAAGAGGGGGAAGACCGAUUUUCUUUUGGCUGCAGAUUGUUUGUGGCGAUGAACAGAGGCCUCACUUCCGGGGCAUCCCCCCACCAGCUUUGUGUCCGCGCUUUACUCUACUAUGCGUUCCUGUCAACAUGAACCGGAGAGUGUCGCGAGGACGACGCGCGGUGUGCUUGUGCAGUGGUACAUGUCUUUUCGGUGGUGGCGGCAGGUCGGUUUGUGAAGUAGGCUGGCGCUGAAAAGUCGUCUAUUUUUGUCCGUUGGAAAAAGUCGGUCCUAAAGAUAACAAGGGUUUCCUACGGGGUAGGGGCUGACUCUCGAGGGUGUCACUUGUCUGACCUCGUCUCAGACAAACAAGUGACGGCUGCCAAUGACACUGUCUGGCUGAGACUAGAGGUUACUUUUGGAGAACAAGCGUUCUCUGCUGCUAACUGUAUUUCGUUCUCAGGAUUGAUGAAUACCUUCUUUGUGCUUGUUCUUGGGUGCGUGUACAAAGGGAACUUAAAUGUUUGUAAAUACUUUACGCAGCUUCGAUGUAACGAAUGGUGGGCGUUCAGCGCGGUUUGUGCCUGUGUGUCCGGUGUUUCUCCUCAAGUGAUGCCGUACGGCGUAGACGACCUGGAUGCGCUAGUUCCGAUCGGGUGAAGAGCAUCCACUACAUGUGGUGCCUGUGGCCAGGCUCGACUCUAGCUGGUAAUGCCCGUAUUCGGGGUUGUGGUGAAUCACGUUCGUGCGAUUGUCCAUGGUGCAAGAGUUGUGGAGGGGUUGGGAAGCCUUGCACGUGUAUUCAGGGUCUUAUGCGUUUGGAUGUAUGUGUCGAUCUACGAUGGUUCGGAAGUGCUCGUGCCUGAGGAGAACGGUCCGGGGUGGGGCGAGAGAUCAGGGAAGGGUGCAAGGGAGCAUAUAUGAUCGAAAUAUGGUCGGCCUUUGGGGGGGGGUCUUGAGGAGUGUUAGACUAUGCAUUCCCAGCCAGAUCAGAUGAUGUUGAGGGGAAAAGGUAUGGCGAUGGGCACGCAACGGCUAUCUCACCGGCAGGCAAGGAGAGUAAGGACAGUGUUUAUUGGUAGCACGCGCUUGAUGCAAACGAUCCAUCACUUGACCUUCUGUGAGCAAGCCAGGAAUUUGAUGGAUUCUACCAAUACACUGACAUGGCCUCGAACACCAUGCUAUUAGGCUCCGUUCGAGUGUGGAGGAGACAAAAGAACGAGCAUGCGUCUUGCGCUGCUUGUGGAGUCCUCUGGCACCUACCUCUGGUACAAGUAGAGGCCGAAAACAAUUCCUUGUCUGAAUGUAAUAACAGCGCAGCUGGCCACCCAAGCGUGCUAGUCUAAUCCCCGAGGAGGUUUUCGUUUUUUUGUUGAGGCGGUGAUGUUGUCAUGAUGCGGGAUGGUGCGUGACGACGGUACGGCGGUACAGAAUUGGUUUCUGCUUCGCAAGCAAAUUAGUCUAAAAGAAAUGCCGCGCGUUUUGUAAGCGCAUUUUUG